AUGUCGGGAACACAUGUACUCACUACAAAAAUCUGGAAGCAUUUGCGGAAGCCUCAUCCAUAUAACCCUUUUCCAGAACCAGUAGACAGGCAUUACUCCCAGGCCGGACAAGAUACAGCUGUUUAUAACAUAUUCCCCAAGAAAAACGGCUUUUUCAUUGAAAUGGGGGCUUAUGAUGGUAAAGUUCAUUCCAAUACCCUGUGGUUGGAAAGAAAACACAACUGGACAGGUUUGUUAAUAGAAGGGAACCCUGCGUCAUGUCCGUUCAUAGACCGUGCGAAACGCAACGCCUGGUGUCUGUGCGCAUGCGUGGCAAAAGAAAAUGAAACAACGUUUAUAGAAGGUGGUGAAUUAGGGGGUUCUGAAAAAGACAUGGCGACAAGUCAUCUUAUUCAUUUGAAAGGAAACAAAAGGACCAGAGUACCUUGUUUUCAGUUAGUUGACGUAUUACAUAUAGUGGGUGUCUUCCAUAUAAAUUAUUUUUCUUUAGAUGUAGAAGGCGGAGAAAUUGUUGUGCUUAACAGCAUGAGAGAACAGUUGAUCUCUAGACAAAUAAUCGUUGAUGUUUGGACCAUUGAAUAUCGAGCUUGGGCAGGACCGAAGUUUGAUUGGCCUAAAGGAAAGGAAAAUUUGUCAAGUUAUCGAGCUUUUUUCAAAGAGAUUGGAGGAUAUGUUGAACAUUCACAAUUGGCUUACGAGGCACGUAAGCUAGAAAACGGGCACUAUCUGGAUGUUGUUUUUGUAUAUAUAGAGACAUGGUGUAAAGGUCAUAGUUCACUUCCGGAUGGUAAAACAAAGUGUUGA